AUGGAGCCCACAUUGGGGCUUCGGUGGGACUGUGCAACUGAUACCCUUGGCUAUCAUUACAGGCCCAUUGAGCAUGCAGCACUGAAUAUGAGAGCAGCCUACCAGGUGCUGGCAUCUCAGUAUGAUCCAUUGGGGUUCGUACUACCAUUUACCACCAGGGCUAAGGUAAUCAUCCAACAGUUGUGGGCGAAAAGGAGAGACUGGGAUGACCCAGAUCUACCGCCAACCCUUAAGGCAGCCUGGAUAAGUUGGGAGAACGAGCUUGAACAUUUCAGGGCAGUAUCCAUUCCUCGCUGUUACUUAACAGCCUUCACAACUACAGCAGAACAGAACAUUUCCCUCCAUGUGUUCUGCGACGCCUCUGAAAAUGCGUAUGGGGCAGUGGCAUAUUUCGCAGUUCAAUCCGACAGUGACAUUCACGUUUCCUUCAUAAUGGCCAGAUCGAGGGUUGCUCCAAAGAGGCAGCAAUCUAUGCCUCGUCUGGAGCUUUGUGCCGCCUUAGUUGGAGCACAGCUAGCCAAACUGGUGAGGAAUGAGAUGACUCUCUCCAUCAGUCAGACAAUCCUAUGGACAGACUCCUUGACUGUGCUAGAGUGGAUUCAGUCAGACUCCUGUCGAUAUAAGGUGUUUGUCGGAACCCGAGUCUCCGAGAUACAGGAAUUAACCGAUCACAGAUCAUGGAGGUACGUGAAUACACAGGAAAACCCCGCUGACGAUAUAACACGAGGUAAAUCGCUCCAAAGUCUGGCUGAGCCUAGUCGAUGGAGUCAAGGACCUCCAUUCUUGAAACAGAGCCAAGAGCACUGGCCUAAGAAACCUGAACUCACACAGUCAGAGGGAGCAUCCGAAUUGAAAGGGCUUCCAUGCUACUGCCUAAUAGCAGUUGACACUGCCUCCAACAUCCCUGAUUCUACCCAGUUCAGUUCAUGGUGUGAAUUAGUGGAGGCAACUCGACAGGCCUGCCAAGGGGCGGCCACAUCGGAUUCUGCAUCCAGUGAGCCUAUGACUAGUAAAGAGGCAGAAGCUGCCCUGCUAAGAGCAUGCCAACUCCAGAGCUUUCCUGAAGAAGUUGCUGCCCUCAAGGCACAGAAAUCCAUUCCUGCACACAGCCGAUUAGUCAGCCUUGCUCCAGAAUGGGAUCCACUGAAAAACAUGAUAAGAGUUGGAGGCCGAUUAAGGAGGCUAGCAAACUCAGACCCAGAACAAAUCCACCCCAUUGUGCUGGACCCAAGACAUGCAGUAACGAAGCUCCUUAUCAAAGUAUUUGAUGAGCGUCUGUUACACCCAGGAGCAGAAAGAGUCUACGCUGAAAUACGUAGACAGUACUGGAUUCUCAGAGGGUGUCAGGCCAUAAAGUACCAUCAAAUUCACUGUCUGUCCUGUCAGCGAUGGAGAGCUCAGCCAAAGGUUCCGCCAAUGGCAGAUUUGCCACCAGAACGCCUCCGACUGCUCUGUCCACCUUUCCACUCAACUGGUGUUGACUGCUUCGGCCCAUACCUGGUCAAAAUAGGAAGGCGAAAUGAGAAACGCUGGGGGCUAAUUUUCAAAUGUCUCACAACUAGGGCAGUACACAUUGAUCUCCUCAAUUCAAUGGAUGUAGAUGCCUUCUUUCUUGCGCUCCGCCGGUUCAUAGCCAGAAGAGGUAAACCACACGAGAUCCGUUCGGAUUGUGGCACCAACUUCCGGGGAGCUGACAGAGAAUUACGGGAAGCUUUCUCAAUUAUGGAGCCAGAACUCAAAGCCCAGCUUUCAGACUAUCAAAUUAGCUUCAAGUUUAAUCCACCCAGUGCUCCAAACUUUGGCGGAAUAUGGGAGCGUGAAGUCUGUUCCAUAAAGAAUGCUCUCCAGGUGGCUGUCGGAACCCAAACUGUCACAGAAGAUGUUCUGUCCACAGUCCUAGUGGAAGUGGAAGGGAUACUCAAUUCGAAACCACUAGGAUAUGCCGCUGACAUGGAUCCGAUUACUCCUAAUAUUCUCUUAAUGGAGCAUUAUUGUGUUCUAUUCUCUUGUGGAUGCAUCACUGCCUCAGGUGGCAUACGCUCCAGGAGACAUGGGGCGACGGAGAUGGCGGAGCAUGGUGGACAUGGUGUGCCAGUUCUGGAUACACUUCACUAG